AUGCAUUUUCUGCGGAGUGCCAUAAUCUCCCUGCUCGCUGGCACUAGUCUUGCCCGGCCGGGGAGUCAUGAUAAAGCUUCCUCAGCCAAGCAAGCACGCGCCGCUGGGUAUGCUCUCAAGGAGCCACCAUUGACAACCCCCUGGACGGACAAAGUGGGCACUGAUCCGUGGCCUGAGUAUCCACGACCACAGAUGCAGCGAUCUCAGUGGCAGAACUUGAAUGGUGUAUGGCAAUAUCAGAAUGCAUCUAGUCUCGCUGCUGUUCAGAAUCCACCUUUUGGACAAGAUCUUGCACAGGAUGUUCUCAUUCCUUCUUGUUUGGAGAGUGGUUUGUCAGGAGUUCAGGGUGAGUAUAUGAUAUACUCGUGGUUCUCAACCUCAUUCAAGGUGCCAACAAACUGGCAUGGUCAGAGUGUCUUGCUCAAUUUUGGAGCGGUGGACUAUGAAGCCACGGUUUUUGUCAAUGGACAAAAAGCAGGCUUUCAUCGCGGUGGAUAUUUCCGUUUCACUCUGGAUGUUACCUCGUUCCUGAAGCCGGGACAACAAAAUGAACUUCUUGUCUUUGUGCACGAUCCCACAGACGAUGGUGAUUAUGUGAUUCCUAUUGGAAAGCAGACUCACAGACCCAGUCAUAUCUUCUACACGCCUUGUAGUGGAAUUUGGCAAAGCGUCUGGAUUGAGGCUGCGCCACAAAAUCAUGUCUCGGGACUCGACAUUGAUGGAAACAUGGAAGGCCAAGUCAAUAUGACCGUGCAUACUUCCUCUGCCAAUGUCGCCACGACUGUUCAAGUUGUCGUGCAUGAUGGCGAGAAUGUUGUUGCAACUCACAGAGGUCCAACGAACCAGCCAUUCCAAUUCAAGGUCGACUCCCCAAAGCUGUGGUCCCCAAGCUCACCUAAUCUGUAUAAUAUCACGGUCACAUUGGGCAAAGAUCAGGUCCAAAGCUAUACAGGAUUCCGUACUAUCUCCAAGGGCACUGUCGAUGGUGUCGUUCGGCCGUUGUUGAACGGCGAGUUCAUAUUCAUGUUCGGCACCCUCGACCAAGGCUUCUGGCCCGAUGGAAUCUACACAGCACCUACCAAAGAGGCCAUGGUCUAUGAUCUCCAGAUGCUGAAAAGUCUCGGCUUCAACAUGGUCCGCAAGCAUAUCAAAGUCGAGCCUGAGCUUUUCUAUCGUGCUUGUGAUGAGCUGGGCCUGCUUGUUAUUCAGGACAUGCCUGCCUUGCGGCCGAUUCAGAGCAGAACGCUGGCCAACUGCACCUCUCAGACCAUUUUGCCUAAUGCAGCACAACAGGCUGAAUUCUCGCGGCAGUUGGAGGUCUUGGUGAAUCAGCACAAGAGUUUCCCCAGUAUUGCAACUUGGAUAAUCUACAAUGAAGGCUGGGGGCAGCUGACUGACUACUAUCCUGAAUUCGAGUUGACCGACCGAGUCAGACAGCUGGAUCCGACACGGCUAGUGGAUUCGACAACCGGUUGGUACGACCAUGGAGCAGGAGACUUUAGUGAUAAUCACCAUUACGCCAACCCGCAAUGUGGAACCCCAUUUUACUCCACCUCCUCCAGCCCUUACGACGACACCCGGAUCGGCUUCCAAGGAGAAUUUGGCGGAAUAGGCAACAACGUCUCCAUUGAGCAUCUCUGGAACAACCAAAACGCAAUCAACACCAUCAAUCAGACCUAUGAGAUUGAUAUUACUCUCGACGCCUGGAACUACCGGAGUCACCUCCUCCUCAGCGAAUUGCAGGACCAGGUGCGCCUUUUCUCGUGCAGCGGUGGGGUCUGGACCCAGACCACCGACGUAGAAGGCGAGGUCAACGGACUCAUGACCUAUGACCGACGCUUAUCUCGAGUUGACGAAGACCAGUGGAAAGCCGACAUCCAGGGUCUGUAUGAUGCAGCAGCGGCACGAAGUAACGGUACCAUGUCUUCGUGA